CUAGCUUUUAUUUUCUAUUUCAAGCUCUGGCUUGCCCAAAAAAUAGAUUUUUUUAUUAGCUUGAGGUUUAUUCUGUCCCUUUUUUGUCUUGUUGAUAUUUUCUUUACUAUUAUUUUUAGCACCCCUUCUUUCUACUCUGUUUAUUUCAUCAUAAUAUUAUUUUCUUUAGCUCACAUUCAUUGGACGGAUGCAUUCACAGCUGACAGGAAAAAUUUACACUCAUAAAUAAUAACAAUGUCACAGUUUGACACAAUUGUGCUCGCGGGCUCGUUCGCCUUGAGCUUCUUCAUAGGAUGGGUGUUUUUGGCCCGUCGAGUGCUCGAGUCGGUCGAUGUGUCAACUCCGGUGUCGGGCCCUGCAGAGACGGCCAAGACCAGCCAGCUGAGCAGCGUGAUGCUGGAGCCGCUGUCGCUGGACAGCAGCCACAACGUGGACCUUUUUCCACAAUCACAUCAGCAGCAGCAAGAGGAAUUGAAACGCAAGCGGUGGUUUGACGGCCAAAAGGCGCUCGUAUACGCCGUAUUUUCUUUGGUCUUUGCGCAAGGCAGUGUUCUGUUUGAGCUGGUUAUUUUCGAGAUUAGCGAUGUGCUGAGCAAGGAGGUGCGGUGGUACUACUGGCGCGCGGACCUUGGGUUCUUGCUGUUGACCAUUGUCGUUGUGCUACCGCUGUGCCAGGCGUUUGUUCUCUUGUCGAACACGCGGAGGCGAGCGCUGAACCCGCUGUACCGGCGCAUCAUCUACUCGCUCGUGCUGUGGGCGGUUUUUUUCUAUGCGUUCUGGAGCCUGGGAAUGUACCUGCCUUUGGACAGCUUCUCGCGUAUCCGUGAGGCGACGGGAACCGCCGACAUGGUGUCGAUUGAGCCGGUGACUGCGCGUGUGGGCGUAGUGGGUGUGGCCCUGAUGGCUGUGCUUUCGGGCUUUGGUGCUGUUAACAGCCCGUACCGCCAGCUGUUUGUUUUCGUGCACAAAGUGAGUCCCGUGCAGCUUGAGGGCAUGCGGCGGCAGCUGCAUUACUCGCUAGGGCUGCUGGCGGAUAAGAAAAAAAUGCUCGUACGCAUGAUAUCUCUGACUACCAAGCCCGAAGAGGCUGGUAAGGCCAAGGGCGCUCGCAGUGCGGUUGGCGCCUUUAUGUCGUCGGCGUGGGGCAGCCUGCUGCAUGCGGGUGGCUCUGGGCUGUCGAGGGAUCGCGGGCUUGGCGAGCUGCGGCAGGAGAUCGAUAACCUGGAGCGCGUCACGCAGGAGCUUUUUGCCGAUGUCGAGGCAAUGUGCCUGGAGCACGACCGCUACGAGGAGUCAAAGACUCUGGCUGGCCGGUCGCGCAAUGUGCUGGGCUACUUUUUUGCCAUGUUCUGUGUCAGCAAGAUUGCGAUGACGCUGGGCGGCAUCUUGCUCAACCGCGUUGGCCAUUCGGACCCUGUCACCAGUGCGUUGACCUUGGCAGCCACUCAUGUAAGCCCAGACUUUGAUAUGGCAUUUUGGUCGCAGCAGCUGAGCUUCGCCCUAGUCGGCAUCAUGGUCAUUGGGUCCAUCCGCGGACUGCUGAUUCAGUUUGCUAAGCUCUUCAACAUGCCCUUUUCUAGCAUGAUCAAGCCCGCCAACAUUGUGAUGUUCCUUGCGCAAAUAAUGGGCAUGUACUUUGUCUCCUGUGUGCUUAUGAUGCGCAUGUCCUUGCCGCCAAAGUACCGCCCAAUGAUCUCUGCUGUUCUGCAGACUACUGGGUUUUACUUUUACAAGCGCUGGUUUGACAUUAUUUUCCUUGUCUCAGUCGUUGCCUCUGCGCUGCUGGUCUUUUUGUCACACCAGGAGCAGAGAGACAAGUACUCGAUGCUUGGCCGUGACUACUAUGACAGCAGGAAUUCGGAGGAGUUUUCGGCUGACUCGAUCUCUAUUGAUAUACCGGAGAACCCGUUCACGCCAUUUUCCUCGCAGCGCACAUCGCGAUCAACAUCCCCGACACAGCUGCCGUCUCUUCUUUCGGGUAAUGCCCGUGUACCACCACCAUCUGCGUCAGAGACUGCUCGCAGCAAAUUACAAUGAUAACACUAAACACCUUUAGAACAAGUACAUAUACAUUUAAUUCUACACAACUAAUUUUUCUUUAAAUUUUCUUGCUACUUUUAAAAACAAAAAUUUUAAUAUCU